AUGGAGUCCUGUUCUACGUGUGCCACUAUCCUCUCGUCAACGCCCCCCUAUACUAAGGAGGAACUAUCUCUGCCGCAAGACCGCCGAGUCGCAUGUUGCUCGAGGAUCAUCUGUGGCAAAUGUAUUCAUGAAAACGAGCGCUUUGCAGACUAUUGCCCUUACUGUCAGGUUUCAACAGUGCCUACUUCUCUGCCACAGGGUCUGAAAGAGCCUCCAUCUUAUUCGUCAUCUGCUUCGACUACUGCAUAUAUACCAGGAGCGCCACCACCAUAUUCAGCAGCCUCAACGGCACACGAUGCCGAGGACGAGAAGGCGUCUUUGGCUCGAGAUGCCAUGAAGGAAGAUGCUCCAGAUAUUCUGCAUUUCCUUGACCAUCGUCAUGAUAGUAUCAGCUCUCUGUCUCUGCGAUACGGCGUGCCGGCUUCUGCUCUUCGACGAAGCAACAAUAUCACCAGUGACCACCUGCUUCUUGGCAGACGUACAGUCUUGAUCCCUGGCGAGUACUACAAGGGCGGCGUAAGCCUCUCUCCGCGACCUAUCGAAGGCGAAGAAGAGGAGAUGAGGAAAGGGAAGAUCCGCCGCUUCAUGACAUCCUGCAAGGUCUCUGACUAUGACAUUGCUGUACUGUACUUGGAACAGUCGGGUUACGACAUUGAGAAUGCCGUCACGGCAUACUUGGACGACGAAAAAUGGGAACAGGAACAUUCAGUCCCGGGCAAAGGUAAGAAGGUUGACAAGUACAAAAACCGUGGCCCUUUCUGGAGAGGACUCUGA